AUGGUUCAUAGUACAACGGACACGACCCAGGAAACUGACGAAAGACGCAAAAACGUGCCAGGGCUGACGGAAGCUUGCCCGAUUGAUCGAGCAUCAACUCCAUGCCAUCAUCAGGAACAUGAAGAACUUCAAUCGCCCAUUGAUUCACAGCAUCCAUUGAACAAUCAAACUCAGACUGGACAAACUUCUGAACAUUGGUUGAAAUCCUGGUCAAAAGUGCUCUCACCCGUUGCGUGGCUUGAAAACAAGUCAAGUGUUGCCAGAGACCAUUUAGCCAAUGAGCGAACCUUUCUGGCCUGGUUCAGGACUUCAUUGAGCCUAACGUCCAUAGGCAUCGCACUUGUUCAAUUAUCACGACUUUCCAAACAAAUCAAGGUUGCUCAAGUUAAAAAAAUAAUUACCUUGGUCCAACCAAUCAUCGAUCCCUUAUCACAUCCAUCAUUUUCAAGUGGAAAUUUGUCUGGGCUUUCUGACCCAUCCAACUCAAUUCAAUUCUCGCUCAACCAAAUCAAUCAGAAUUUGAUCAACCUUCAAUCCGUAAUCGACGAGAUUCAUGAAAAUGUUGAUUCGAUAAAACGGACUAAAAGUCUUGCCAGCGUGAUCGGAAAUUGUUAUGUGUGCAUUGGAUUGUUCUUUCUUUUCAUUGGUACGCAUAGAUAUUUUCGGGUUCAGCAAGUCUUACAAACGGGAAAAUUUCCUCACAGCAGAAGGUCGAUUGGCCUCACCACCUUUGUUGUCUCUGCUUUAUUGAUUGUCACAACAAUUGGGAUGUUUAGAACCACUUUAUGA